UGAAAACUUCAGAAGCAGAAGCAGCAGCAGAAGAAGUAGAAGUGAAAAAAACACUCACUCAAUCUUCAAAAAUGCCUUCUUCAGAUUUUCUCACAAUUCUCUCUAAAUCCACGGUAUAUCCAGAAACACAAGAAUACAGCUUUAGAAAUCUCAAACUAUCAGUCUCUGAUCUUCCUAUGCUUUCAUGUCAUUACAUUCAAAAAGGAUUAUUAUUCGAUAAUCCACCACUCCCGAUCGACUCUCUUCUCGCAUUACUCAAAACCGCGCUUAAGCACACUCUUUCUCGCUUUCCUGCUCCUGCAGGACGUCUGAUAACCGAUUCCGACGGCUCGGUGCACAUUGACUGCAACUCUGCUGGUGCUGAAUUUAUUCACGCUAGUGCUGAUAUGAUAUGUAUUCGUGACAUUCUAAGUCCUGUACACGUUCCUGAAUCUGUUAAGAAAUUCUUCGCUUUGGAUGGAGUUGUUAGUUACGACGGCCAUUUUAAUCCUCUUUUAGCUGUACAAGUCACGGAAUUAUGUGACGGUAUUUUCAUCGGUUGUGCCGUUAAUCAUGCUGUGAUGGACGGAACUUCCUUCUGGAAUUUCUUCAAUACUUUCGCCGAGCUUACUAGAGGAUCAAACAUGAUCGUGAAACAACCCGAUUUUCGAAGGAACUAUUUUGGAGAUUCUUCUGCUGUAAUUAAAUUUCUUGAUGGUUCUCCUAAGGUGACAUUUGAUGAAUACGCUCCGACCAAAGAACGAAUUUUUCAUUUCAGUAGAGAAUCGAUUCAGAAGCUGAAAUUGAGAGCAAAUUCUACUCCUCCAAUGAAGAAAAUUAAGAUCAUCGAUGAAGCUGACGAGUUAAUGGAUAAAGAGAAUCAGAACCCAACUGGAAACGGAAACAGAAUUGAGAAACGGUCCAAAAAUGUUGUUUCAAAAAUUCAUAAUGAAACAGAAUCUAUCGUCGAAAGUGCCGAACCGACAGUUGAAAUAUCAUCAUUUCAAUCACUCUGUGCUCAGCUAUGGCGAUCAGUCACACGUGCAAGAAAACUCCCACCAUCGAAAAUGGCUACGUUUCGGAUGGCUGUAAAUUGUCGACAAAGGAUCGAACCACGUGUCGAUCCGCUAUACUUCGGUAACGCGAUACAAAGCAUCCCAACCAUCGCCGCGACAGGGGAUAUUCUAUCACGUGACCUGCGAUGGUGCGCGCUAGAGUUGAAUCGUAACGUGAUUGCUCAUGACAAUGCUAAAGUUCGUGGAUCCGUCGAGGAAUGGGAGAAGAACCCUCGUUGUUUCCCGCUAGGAAACUUGGAUGGCGCGUCAAUGACAAUGGGAAGUUCACCGAGGUUUCCAAUGUACGAUAACGAUUUCGGAUGGGGUCGACCUUUGGCGAUUCGUAGUGGAAAAGCUAAUAAAUUCGACGGUAAGAUCUCAGCAUUUCCAGGAAGAGAUGAAAUGGGAAGUGUAGAUCUUGAGGUUUGUCUAGCUCCUGAAACGAUGGCUGGACUUGAAUUAGAUAUGGAAUUCAUGCAGUAUGUAUCAUGAUCAACAACAUAUUAAUUAGCUUAAUAAUUAGUUUAUCUUUAAUCAGGUAAUUAUAAUUUUAACUAAUAGAGAGAUAUUCUACUAUGUAAUGUAAUUUUUAGCUGUUGGAUUAAUAUUCGAUCGUGUCGCUAGUAAUUAGUAUAUAUAAACGUGUAAAAGUCAGCUAAUGUAAAGAGGGGGAGACGGGAAAUCUGUAAUGGUUUUCCUAGGUCGGGGAUGGUUGUAUGUCUGUGUUUUGCAGUAUCUAUUAAUCGGAUAAAUUAGCCCUUGA